AUGUCGAAAAAGGAGAAAUUCACAAUAGAGGAACUCUAUAAAUUAGGUAAUGGAGACGAACACCUUUGUACGUAUGACUUCUCCGAAAUUCCUGCUAAAUAUUACAAGAAAUUCUUCUGGCCGUUAUCUAAUCUUGUCUAUAAAAAGGUUGAUGAGCUUCGUUUUAAUUGCAAUCUUGCUAUGCAAGAAGAAUCAUCAUUAAAUAAGAACAGACACAAUCAGAGAAUCAUAGAACAAUCGAUUUAUCAUCAAAGACCCAACUACUUAAACUACUUAUGCGUCAUCUUAAAAGAAGUUUUACCAAAAGCUAAGCGUAUUAAAAGAAUACGUCUCAGUGAUAUGAAUAUUCCUUCAGAAAACUUAUCAGAACUUUUUGAUGCACUUGAAACGAACAAUUCUCCGCUCGAAUUACUCUCAUUCCAAAACAUUAAGAUUGAAACUGAUAAAUUCAAUAACAAUAUUAAGAAACUUGACCCAUAUAAUUUUGCAGCAGUUGAAUUCAUUAACUGCGGCCUGACAAACGACAACUUAGCUGCAAUUCGCAAAUUCAUUACUCGCCCACCCAAAGACCCUGAAAAUUGGAGUGCUGAGCGUGCAUUACACACAUUAGAUUUAUCACAAAACAACAUUACAGAUGAAGAGCGCAAAAAGCUUCAGAAACUCAUAGAAGAAGAGCGUGCUAAAUGGCUUGCUUAUCAGAAGGCAAAAGCAGAUGAAAUUAAGAGGUUGGAAGAAGAACGUCUAGCAGCGAUCGAAGCAGAAAAAGAAAGACAAAGAAGAGCCAAAGAAAGAGCCGAACAACGUGCCCGUGAAAAAGCCGAAAGAGAAGCAAGAGAAAAGGCCGAAAGAGAAGCCAAAGAAAAAGCAGAACGCGAGGCCAAAGAAAAAGCUGAGAGAGAAGAAAGAGAAAGAAAAGAAAGAGAAGAGAAGGAGAAAGCAGAAAGAGAGGCAAAACGUAAAGCAGAGAAAGAAGCGAAAGAAAAGGCAGAAAGAGAGAAGAAGGAGAGAGAAGAAAGAGAAAGAAAAGAAAGGGAAGCCAAAGAAAAAGCAGAAAGAGAACGUAAAGAAAGAGAAGAGAAGGAAAGAAAAGAAAGAGAACGUAAAGAAAAAGAAGAAAGAGAGAAGAGAGAAAGAGAAGAGAAGGAAAGAAAAGAAAGAGAACGUAAAGAAAAAGAAGAAAGAGAGAAGAGAGAAAGAGAAGAGAAGGAAAGAAAAGAAAGAGAAAAACGUGAAAAAGAAGAGAGGGAGAGAAAAGAAGAGGAAAGGAAGGAAAGAGAAGAAAGAGAACGAAAAGAAAAAGAAGCCAAAGAAAAAGCAGAAAGAGAACGUAAAGAAAGAGAAGAAAAAGAAAGACAAGAAAAAGAAAGACAAGAAAGAGAAAGGAAAGAAAAGGAAGAGAAAGAGCGAAAAGAGAGGGAAGAAAAAGCAAAGGCCGAAAGAGAGAAGAAAGAAAAAGAAGAAAGAGAAAGAAAAGAACGCGAAGAAAGAGAACGUAAGGAAAGAGAAGAGAAAGAAAGAAAAGAAAAGGAAGAAAGAGAAAAACGUGAAAGAGAAGCCAAAGAAAAGGCUGAAAAAGAACGUAAAGAAAGAGAAGAAAGAGAACGUAAGGAAAAGGAGGAAAAAGAGAAGAGAGAGAAAGAAGAAAGAGAACGAAAAGAAAAAGAAGCCAAAGAAAAAGCAGAAAAAGAACGUAAAGAGAAGGAAGAAAGAGAAAGAAAAGAACGUGAAGAAAGAAAAGAAAAGGAAGAAAGAAAAGAACGUGAAGAAAGAAAAGAAAAGGAAGAAAGAAAAGAAAAGGAAGAAAGAAAAGAAAAAGAAGAGAAAGAAAAACGUGAAAGAGAAGCCAAAGAAAAAGCAGAAAGAGAACGUAAAGAAAGAGAAGAAAGAGAACGUAAGGAAAAGGAGGAAAAAGAGAAGAGAGAGAAAGAAGAAAGAGAACGAAAAGAAAAAGAAGCCAAAGAAAAAGCAGAAAAAGAACGUAAAGAGAAGGAAGAAAGAGAAAGAAAAGAACGUGAAGAAAGAAAAGAAAAGGAAGAAAGAAAAGAAAAGGAAGAAAGAAAAGAAAAAGAAGAGAAAGAAAAACGUGAAAGAGAAGCCAAAGAAAAAGCAGAAAGAGAACGUAAAGAACGUGAAGAAAAAGAAAGAAAGGAAAGAGAAGAAAGAGAAAGAAAAGAACGUGAAGAAAAGGAAAGAAAGGAGAGGGAAGAAAGAGAAAGAUUGGAAAGAGAAAAAGCAGAUAAAGAAGCUGAAAGACUAAGAAGGAAGAGAGAAGCUAGAGAAAAAAGAAGAGAACUCGCAAGAAGAGCAAAAGAACUCGGUGAUGAAGAAGAUGAAAGAUUUGCAGCUGAACUCAAAGACCGUCUGAAGAAAGACGCGAAAAGAGUUAAGAGAGAAACAGAAAUCGUAGAAUUAGAACCAGUCUUAGAACCUCCUACAAGUGAUGGAAACUAUUGUGACAUCGAAAUUAUUCAAUACGUUGAUGUCUACGAGUAUACUGAUUCAUCAGAAAAUGAAUACGAUUUGGGUGAAGAUUUGAAGAAAGAUAACAAGCCAAAGGUUCUUUUCGAUGCAGCAGCAAUCAAGAAAUCCCCUUCUUCAUCUGAUUAUUCUUAUGAAUAUUCAGAUAACCAGAAAAAUGAGAAAGAAGAAGAAAAAAGUGAAGAAAAAGCAAAAAGUGAUGAAAUUGCGAAAAGUGACAGCAGUGAAUCAAAAAGUGACAUUGAUGAAUCAAAAAGUGACAACAAAGAAGUUAAAAGCGACAAUGAAGAAAUGAAGAGUGAUUUAGAUAUCAACGAAGAAGUUGAGACUAAUUCUGGAAGCUAUAGUCAGCCAAAAGUUGAAGAAAACAAUAGUGCAGAUUAUUCGAUUGGCCAAGGCGAAGAAAACAAUAAUUCUUCUGGAUACAACAUUGAUAAUGAUAGCGCUGCAAUCGGAGAGAUCGAUAAUAAAAGUGGAAGUCUGAAUAUGGGCGACAAAAAUAAUUCUGUUUCAUAUGAAUUGAGCAAUGAAGAUGAAUCAGAAAAGAAGUCAAAUUCUGGUUCUAACUCCGACAGCGAUUCAUUACAACUUACUUCUGGUUCGGCAUCUCAUCAGCUUUCAAGAUCAUCAUCAUCUGAUGAUGACAAUGAUGCACUAAUUGAUUCAGGAGAUGGUGUUUCAGCAUAA